CUCGCAGCUAAGCAAAGAUGGCAGCCAACUCGUCAGGCGUGUUGCCCUGAACAACGUGCACACCACCGCGUCCCGCCAUCCGUCGUCCCCGCGGAGAAACACCCAUGUCACAUCUAUGGGUGAGUCACGGCGCCUCAGCCAAGCCUUCUCAAGGCACGCCGUCCACACCACACAGUAGCCCUUGAUACCCUCCACCUAUCGGCCUACCCAUCUGCUGCCCGGCACGACCACCGUCACUCUCCCUCAGACCGAUUCUGCCUUUCGGCAAACUGACCGCCUUUUCCACACCGAUUGUCGACCCGCUGCGGCCUGCCUUGUACCUUAGCGAGGUCGCCUCGUCACGCUUGACACGGUGAGGGGUCAAUUAGAUGGGCAGAUGACACUCAAACGCACUCAAACUCUCACUCUGUGUCUGACUCAGGCAUGUGUGGCGUUUUCUCUCCGUUUUGACUGACUUGAGGACUCGCUGCUUCACUCAACCGAUGACGGACGACUCACUCACUCACCCAGGUACUCACACAUUGACAGGAAGGCCCACUCACACACAUCCAUCCACACAUAUACAUAUAAUACACAUAUGUACACAAGGUCGAUCGACACAUCUGCUGCCUCUUGGGUCUCCUGUGUGCCUGCAGGCGCCUCCCUGUGUCCCUGAGCGUCUCGCGGAUCCCCUCUCUCUCCCUCCACCCACUCCACCCACUCCACCCACUCCCGCCGCCCGACAAUGAAGCGAGCCAUAGACGAAGAACCAGAGAUCGAGAGGACCCGUUCCGCUGCAGCUGACCAGCCCUCUGCACCACGACAUCCACAGAAAUGACGACACUCAACCAUUUCUCCCCUUACUUGUGUCAUUUUUGUGUGUGUGCAGAAUCGUGUGGUGGUGGAUGAGGAGCAUUCAUUUUUCCUCCGCGUCGCACCGCUUCGCGCCACGGCCGUUGUGGAGGCCACAUUCGCAUACAGCACCAAGCGAUUUGCCGACAACAUUGACCAGCCUGCCGCUGCCGCCGAGGGGGAGGGCGACCAAAACGAGAUGGAUGCCGAAGAAGACGACGAGCAGAAGGAUGGCGAUCCACACGAGCACGAUGACCAUGAGGACCCCGAUGGGCAGCAGCAGAUCAACCAAUUCAUCAUGGAGGGGAUUGCGGUGGGCGAGGGUGAUAUGGGAGAGGAGGCCAUUGCCCAUGCUGCAGCGGUCGGUGGUCGUAUUGAUAGAGUUGAUUGACUGGGUUGUCUCGUGUGAUUUUUUAAUUACCAACUGUACAUUUUCAUGGAUAUGACAUGAACGAGUCGCAGUGUCUAUCACGAUGAAUGAAUGAAUGAAU